UUCAGUCAGCAUUCACGUUUACGUCCGUACGGAUUUGUAUUUUUGUUGUUUCUUCGAGUUUUUUCGGAUUUCAAAGUUGUGUCGUGGAAAAGAAAAGCUGCUUGAUUUAUAGCUAAUGAGCGUUGAGUCACGGUUCAUAAUGCCGUUUUCUCUUCGCAGUCAUCAGCAUCAUCAUCAUCAUCGAUCAACAGCAAAUGUCGUCCAUCUUUGAAUAGUCGCCUGCUGCUUUUCUCGAUCAUCAGUUCGCAUUCGCAUUCGUACGCCAUAAAGUGCUGAAGAAGGAUUUUUGUUUCGGGAGUGAAAGCGUAUAAUCGAGUGUGUGUAGAGGAAGAGUGGUUCAGGGAAAAUUGCCGUUUUUUCCCUAUUGUGCACGGUGAAAGUUCAUACGGAAUCAUUUCCUCAAUCGCCAAACAAUAGUUAGCCAGCGAAAAUAGAAAAAAAAGUUUAGAACGUGGUAGGAGCAGCUCGCAAUAUCACCAGCAAAAAUGAGCUGCCCAAUGCCCGAAAUCGGUUCCUGUAUAUCGCUGAUCUCCAAAGCCGACAUCCGUUAUGAAGGUUUGCUGUUUACCGUGGAUCCGGACCGUUGCACUAUCGCCCUAGCUAGAGUGAAAUCAUACGGCACGGAAGAUCGCGAGACGCAGUUUCCGAUUGCACCGCAAAAUCAAUGCUAUGAUUAUAUCCUGUUCCGCGGGUCCGACAUCAAGGAUAUUCGCGUCAUCAACAACAACGCGGUACCUAACGAUCCGGCUAUUAUGCAGAUGCAUCUGCCUCCGCAGCAGCCACUUCCGCCGAUGCAGAACAAACUCGGCCAGCCAGGCUUCCAGCCCCAGCCUGGAUUCAUGUUGCCUCAGAUGGGUCCCGGCCCGAUGAGCGGACCACCGCCAGGACAUCAACCGAUGGGUCAGCCGUACAGUUCCUUCGGUGGAAUAAACAAUCUCGGAGCAUCCGUUCUAGAUUUGAUCGGCGGUGGAGGUGGAACGGGCGGUUCACGCUCUACGACCCCAAGCAAUCUCUUGUCGCGCAAGAGUCCAACGGUGGACAUGGGUGUACAGACAAACCAACAGUUGCAACAACAGCAACAGCAGCAGCAACAACAACAGCAACAUCAGGGUGGUCCGCAGCAAAAUAACAGCCGAGAUGGUAAUCGUAGCGGUGGAGAUGGUGGUAAUAUGGACCGUGGCAAUAACCAGCGCAAUCGGAACAAUAGCCAACGAAAUCAUAAUAACAACCAACGGGAAAGACGCGACUCGGGCAAAAAUGAUGUUGGACAAAUGAAGGAUAACUACAACAAGCAAAAUAUGCAGCGACAAGGAGGUCAAAAUAAUCAAAACCGUGGAUGGAACAACACCCGUAGCAAUAAUCAGAACAACGCCAAUAGUAUGCGUGGACGUCCUCGUGGUCGUGGGGGUAUACCGCAGGGCACCAACGAAAACUAUCGCCGGAAGAGCGUUACCUCUAGUGAUAACAAUAGCAAUAAGAAGCCGGCCAGAAAUGGUAAUCCCACUGUCAAGAAGACUAAUAAUCAUAAUCACAAGCAGGGCCUCAAUCGGAAGAAUCUGCUCAAAUUCGAGAACGACUACGACUUCGAGCAGGCCAACAACAAGUUCGAGGAGCUGCGAUCCCAACUGUCUAAACUAAAGGUGGGCGAUGAUGUGAAGCCAGAGCAGUUGAACAGUGAAACCAUUGACAAGAAGGACGAUUCGGGUAACGAAACUGGCGCCGGUGAACAUGAGCAGGAGGAGGAUGAAGUCGUUUGCUACGAUAAGGCUAAGUCAUUCUUUGACACUAUUUCAUGCGAGGCGAUCGAACGUGCCAAGGGCAAACAACAGCGCACGGAUUGGCGACAGGAACGCAAGCUGAACACCGAGACGUUUGGCGUUGGUUCGACCAGGCGUGGAGGCUACAACAGACGCGGCGGUUACUACAACCGUGGACCAAACAACUAUCGCGGCAGCAACCAGUACCACCGCAACAAUUACCGGGGACGUAGCGGUAACCGUAACAAUCAACCCAACGGUCUUCCACAUAACAACGGUGGCCCUCGCAACCACAACAACCACCAUUCGCAGCAACAUCCGCAACAACCGCAGCAGCCACAGCAGCAACGCUUGCAAUCACCUCAACCACAACAGCAGCUACCAGCUCCAAUUGAGGUCGCAGCAGGCAAAUAAUGCUACACAACACCUAAAGAUGUACUUUUACUUUUAAAAAGCUGACCAGAGUUCCGUUAAGCUUAUCACCAAAUAUACAAGAAAUCAAAAAAAACAAUAGCAGAGUCGUCCUGUCGCAAGUUUAUGAAUAGUCGAAACCACGUUGCUUAUACUCCUGCAGCUCGAAUUUUCCCGCAUUACCCACCUUAACCCUCCCGUCAGCGAAAACAUCGAAAGCAGAAGUUAUCGAAUCGUGCGGACUUGAGAGAAUGCGUAUGAAAGUACUGAUCGGAAUGGAAACAAAUCAAAACAAGUAGCGCAAUCACAGUCAGAAUUAUUCUCCUUUUCUCGGAUGUUCGUGCGAAAGAGAGUAAUCAUUUUGAUUGAUAAUUGUAAGGCACUCUAUCUUGUACCUGAUCCGCAACAAAAAACGAGGACAACGUCGAACGUAUGUCCCCACAACCCCAACAAGCGGAAUUAGUACCCGGAGAGUGCUUGCAACCGGGAAGCAAACCCCAGCCAUGAACGAAAUCGCUUUCUUUCCCUUCGAUUCAAAUUGUAAACAACAUAAACCCACACACACAUGUGUGACACAAGUUGAUGAUGUUUGUUUUUCUAUUGCUGGCAACAGAAAAUCGUGACCCGGCGGAGGAAACAUUGAUGGCUGUCUGGAACAAGUGGAACAACCCGAUCUGGGAGUAAGAAAAGAAACGCAGUGUUUCGUUUGCUAGUGUAAUCAUUGAAGAGUACACUCAGAAGCGUGGGAUGUGUUUAGUCGUGUGAAUUUUAUACUAAAAAGAGGCAUAGGGACAGAAGAAGUGGAACAAAUAGGUAGUACGGAACCAAACGCAGGAAUAACGGAAUCAACACUUUGUUUUUGAAGUAGAAGUGAAGUUGAACGAACAUCUCAUUUGUGGAUUAAUGAAUAUUAAUUAAGCUAUAUUGGAGAAGCUGAAGAAACUUAUACUAAAAUGUACUCCCCUCGCGAUAGAGGAGACGAAAGUGUGAAGAUAUGUUGGACGGAAGGAAUGGAAUGCAAAGCAAGAAUUUAGUAUUUAAACAUCGAUUGAUAUUGGGUUGAAAGAGAAGAAGAAUGUGAAGCGAGAAAAGCCACGAAAUGAAAUGAGAGAUGAAAUAGAUAAUUUCAGCGAGAAACUUACCAAGGUCAGAGGAAACCACUGUAGCACUAAUUCAGGAAACAAUUAGAAUUGAAAUUAUUAUUCAAUCGUGUGUGAUAGAGUACUUAGCAAGGGAGAUUUUUUCGUUAAUGUUUCAUAUCUAAUUAAUUUUUGCUAUUCCAUUUCCUUUUUAAUUAUUUUUUAACAUAACCCAAAUGCAUGUGUUUCCUGAAUAUCGAAGAAAUUCUGAAAGGGUUUUUCUUCCCAUUGAAUUGGAUAGCUCAAGACGGUUAGCCCUCGCGCCAUUCGGUGAAUUCUCGCGACCAAUGCAUCAACCAAUUGAAUGUUAUAUCAACAGGUAUACCCGUAAUCUCGCAUAGCAUUUCGAUGGAAAAUUUGUAGGAUAUUGGGAGAAGAUUUGUAAUGAUUAUGAUAAUAAUAUUGAAUAAUUAUAAAUAUUAUAUAGCAGAAGAAACAAGAGAGAUAAAUUAUUUCAAGCUUAAAACUGAGAAAAGCAGAAGAGCAGAGGAAACCAUACACACAUAACAAACCCUUUUCAUAGACUCCUACCACGUAUAUUAAGGUACUAGCUAAAUCGUGCAUUGACGUAGGCGUCAAGGGAGAAAACAGCAAGCAAACUUUAUUAACUAUUAGUUUGUAUAUCUCGAUUGUAAGCAAAGGUGUAAUUCAAGGUAACUCAUAUACAAGAGCGCAUUCAUAGAAGGGAUGGAAGUACAACAUAAUGCUGGCUAAAAUUUUCGGAUCGCCUCCUUUCGCUAGGGCUCCUUGCUGCCGCCGCGGGUGAUGUCCGGAAUGAUUCAAUGAAAUAAUGGGAAUGUCAUAAAGCUAAGGAUCCAGUAUAUGGAAGAAGAAGGCUAAAAUGUCAGUCGAGAGACUCAAGAAAAAUCUUCUCUCUGAUUUAGAGAAAGAAACAAAGCGCAGAUACCUAUUAACUAAAUAUAUAAGAAGUUUAUAACGUA